AUGGAGGGCCCUGGGACCGGGUGCACUGGCUGCACUGGUCCACGGCUACUGCGGCCUAGCCACCGGCAGGUUCCGUACGAGAGCUUCGGUCUGAACCUAGUCUGGGCCUGGGUCAAGGGCUCGAUGCUUCAUCAGCGAGAGCUGCGGACCAGCUUCUGCGAUAAUCUGGAUGUCAACCGUGGGAUCCAGUGGUUCAUGUCGUCUGUCUCUGGAGCUGUCAAAGCGGCGUGCUCCUCUGUCAAAAGCUCUGCUGCUUCUGGGCUGCUAUUCUGGAUUAUAGAAAGCAACAUUAGCAUGGGCAUGAAGCAUCGGGAAAAGGAGUAA